UUUCGAAGGGUGACCAUGGGUCCAUCCCACGUUUGAUUAUUUGCCUCUGAAACGUCGGCAAAUCAUUCAAAGGCCUUGUUCCUUUUUGGGAAACUGCUGCUACUUAAAAGAAGCUGAUAAAGAGGAAAAGCUUAUGUUUCAAAUUAUACCUUGAUCUUGUAGCUUGGUUGCGUUACUGGUUGGUAGCCUACUGGAAUGCUUGGCGGCUUUAUUUGGAACUCGAAAGGAAAGAAUUGAAGGUUAGCUGUCUGGACGAUUGAUGCAAGGUUAUUUUAGACCUUUUAGUGAUUCUUAUAUAAAAUUGUGACCUAACAAGCGUCUGGAGAUUUCUAAAACCCCAGAAAGCAAAACCCCUUCAGCUUAGAAGACGACGAUUAAUCCUCGCAGAAGCAGAAUCGCCUCGCUUCUUCUUGCUGAGUAAAACUAGGAUGGUCUUUGGUCAAGUAGUCAUAGGUCCACCUGGAUCGGGAAAAACCACUUAUUGCAAUGGCAUGUCUCAGUUCCUUAGCCUCAUCGGAAGAAAGGUUGCAGUCAUCAAUUUGGAUCCUGCAAAUGAUGCGUUGCCAUAUGAAUGUGCUGUGAAUAUUGAGGAUCUUAUUAAGUUAAGUGAUGUGAUGAUGGAGCAUUCUCUUGGUCCCAAUGGAGGUCUUGUGUAUUGCAUGGAUUAUUUGGAGAAGAAUAUUGACUGGUUGCAAUCUAAAUUGGAACCUCUGUUGAAAGAUCACUACCUUCUUUUUGAUUUUCCUGGUCAGGUGGAAUUAUUUUUCCUUCACUCAAAUGCCAAGAAUUUUAUAAUGAAACUCAUCAAGAAGUUAAACCUUAGGUUGACAGCUGUGCAUUUAGUUGAUGCCCAUCUCUGCAGUGAUCCUGGGAAAUAUAUUAGUGCAUUGCUUCUCUCCUUGUCAACUAUGCUCCAUCUGGAACUCCCUCACAUUAAUGUCUUGUCUAAGAUUGAUCUAAUUGGGAGCUACGGAAAACUAGCUUUCAACCUCGAUUUCUACACAGAUGUCCAAAACUUAUCAUAUUUGCAGCACCACCUUGAUCAGGAUCCUCGUGCAUCUAAAUACAGAAAACUUACUAAGGAGAUAUGUGAGGUGAUAGAAGAUUACAGUCUUGUUGAUUUUGCAACCUUAGAUAUACAGGAUAAGGAGAGUGUAGGAAACCUUGUGAAAUUGAUAGACAAAAGCAAUGGGUAUAUAUUUGCUGGCAUAGAAGCUAGUGCAGUUGAAUUCAGCAAAAUUGCAGUCCGUCCUGUUGAUUGGGAUUAUUACAGAGUCGCUGCAGUGCAAGAGAAGUACUUGAAAGAUGAUGAAAAUUUUGAUUAUGACAAUAACUAAACCUCAUUAAGGAAUUUCACAUUCUAUAUGAACUGGUCAAUGCAGGUAAUGGAAUUUUACAUGUAAAAGAUAUCGAGGACACCGAUCAAACGAGUUCCUCCAUUCACUUGUCUUCGCGGGGGAUGUGUAUAUAGUGAAAGCGGCGAACACCUUUUUGUGGUUUUGUGGAGUGGAGAACGCAUUCAACUUUAAAAGAAAAUGUUUAAACACUCGGAUAUAAUAUAUAUCGAAAGAUAUAUGAAGCAGUAUUGUCAAAGUUUCCCACCUCCAUGUUGGAAUAUUUCUCCCAUGUUGCUUGAGAGAAUACUAUCAGUAAACUGCUAUGUUUCAGAUGUUUAAAAUGACUGCAAUUUGAUUUUGUUUCA